AUGGCCGGGUGGCAGGAGCGGCUGGCCGGCGUGCGCGGCGUGCUGCUGGACAUCUCGGGCGUGCUGUACGACGGCGGCGCGGGCGGCGGCACGCCCAUCGCGGGCUCGGUGGACGCGGUGGCGAGGCUGAAGCGGUCCCAUCUGAAGGUUCGCUUUUGCACCAACGAGUCACAGAAGUCACGUGGGGAGUUGGUGGCGCUGCUACGGAGACUGGGCUUCGACAUGGCUGAGAGCGAGGUGACCGCCCCCGCCCCGGCUGCCUGCCAGGUCCUGAAGGCGCGAGGCCUGAGGCCACACCUGCUCAUCCACGAUGGGCUCCGCUCAGAGUUCCAUCAGAUCGACACGUCUAACCCCAACUGUGUGGUCAUGGCAGACGCCGCCGAAGGCUUUACCUUCGAGAACAUGAAUAAAGCUUUCCGGGUACUCAUGGGGCUGGAGAGGCCUGUGCUCAUAGCCCUCGGCAAAGGACGCUACUACAAGGAGACCUCGGGCCUGAUGCUGGACAUUGGCCCCUACAUGAAGGCCCUGGAGUACGCCUGUGGCAUCGAAGCAGAAGUGGUGGGGAAGCCGUCUCCUGAGUACUUCAAACUGGCCCUGCAGGAGCUGGGUGUGGAAGCGCACCAGGCCAUCAUGAUCGGAGACGACAUCGUGGGCGACGUCGGCGGGGCCCAGCAGUGCGGGAUGCGGGCGCUGCAGGUGCGGACCGGCAAGUUCAGGCCCAGCGACGAGCACCAUCCUGAAGUGCAGGCCGAUGGCUAUGUGGACAAUCUCGCCCAGGCUGUGGACCUGCUGCUGCAACACACAGACCCCUGA